UUAUUAACGUCAAGCAUUGAUCAGGGUUAAACGAAUGGUUAUUGCAGUGGCAUGUUGUAACUGUUAUAUAAUAUUUGUUUAUACAUAGAUCAAGAGAAAAAAAUAACUGCGCAUUUCAAGAAAUUUUUCAAACAUUACCGCAACAUGACAUUUGGUUGCAUAGUAGCACAAUAUAACUGUAUAAAUAAGAACAUUUCAAGGUAUAUCAUGGAACGUGUACCCCCCAGAUAAGUUAUCCUAAAGAAAAUCCAAUACGAUAUUACGAUAUAUUUGCCAUCGCCUGGAGAGGUUGUCGAAUACUAGCGGGCCAUGAAUGCGAUUCCGGAGAAAUUUACGCGCCGCUUCCUUGUUCAAUGUUGUUGAAACCACUUGAAAAAGAGGGAAUGUUUUAUCGUUUCUAAAUACUAUAAUCCACACAAAAGUAUUCCUUGAAUGUCAACAGCAAUGAUCUGCGGGCGAAGAAAAAAAGUGUGUGGAUAAUAAUCCCAUAUCCGUGCACAUUGAUGGAGCAGACGAUACCCGGUUCGGAAGAUGCCGCGACAAAUUCGCCAUCAUUUCUAAACGGGACUGCAAUGGAAACGGCGAUUUACUCGACUCCGGAGCCGGGAACUUUGUUCUAUGUGUAUUAUUACGGGAUGUUUUCGAUCAUCGCCUCUGUUAACAUUCCUGGAAACAUCCUGGUCAUUAGGACAGUGAUGAGGACCCCCAACCUCCGCCAGCCCUGUAACUUCUACAUCGUUAGUCUGGCUGUCACGGAUCUUCUGAUCGGCUUCAUCUACCCCGUGUAUAAUAUUUCUCACCUAGAGCAUGUGCCCGAAAUCAGCCGUCCUUUAGGUCAGUGGAACGUUUGUCGCUUCUUGGUGACAGAGGUGCUUGCCUUGGAGAUUUGUUCCUCGUACCAUUUAGUAGCCAUCACCGUUACCCGAUAUAUCGCCAUUGUGUAUCCUCUGCGCUAUCAUCUUUACAUUACCACGAAGUCCACAAAGUUCGUCAUUUCUACAAUCUGGAUUCUAUCACAAGGAGUGUGUAUAGUAAUGUACACAAUUUACAAUCCAGAGGAGUAUAUCAACAAACCAGGGAGUGUGUGUAGAUACGAGCUCAUCUUCUCCAUUGCCCAUGUGAGUGUCCUCUUCAUCAUCCAGCUGUUUCUACCUCUACUUGUCAUGCUCGGCCUUUACGUUAGAAUCGCCAAAAUUGCAAGAGCGCAGGCAAAAGUGAUAGCUCUACAAGAGCGGGUGUCUUGGAAGAACAGUCCUCAGUCCAGCAGCAAUGUAAUACGUCACGAACUGAAAUCUACAUUCAUGGUGUCCAUUUUGUUGGGCUGCUUCGCCAUUGGAUGGAUGCCAAUGAUGAUCUACUUCUUUUACGAAAUCACGUGUGUUCAGAACUGUUCUAUCACACCCUUCAUACGAGCCAGUUGCCGAAUUUUAUUGUUUAUGAAUUCAGCUGUAAAUGUGUUUAUAUAUGCUGGACGAUUAGCUGCAUUUCGAAAGAGCAUCAAAAACGACUUUACAAAACUUUACAAUGUACUUUGUACAUGUGCCACUGAAAGAUUUGGCAUGAAGCAUUCGGAGAGUGUCUCGUCCAACCGAUCAAGCGCUCUGCAGACCGAGAUAAGUCAUGCACAGAACUGGGACUUCAACACAAGCCUAUGAUUUUGAUAAGCUUCAGUCCAGGGCCAUAAUACCCUUUGCUCGGAAGAUACAGAUACCUGAUCUCGAUGACCCUCGAGGCUCUUAUUUUAAUAUUUAUUCUUUUUGAGUGGAGAUGGACAUAUUUCUUUUUGAAACCAGCUUAUUAAGAAAGUUACGACCUUGUUACGAUUAAAUCGCAGACGUUUUCGACUUUUCUGCGAUCAUACGGCCGAUAUGUCACACUUUGUUUUUCAGACUGUAGUGAUAUGCUAUGUUCACUACUGACAGUAACCUCAACUGUUUUUCAUUUAAAAGUUCCAUUACUUUCACACGUUAGUGGAGACUUUGUCGAUAGUUUUCACUGAGCAUAAAAGAAUGAUGACCAUAUAAAAAGUACACGUUCGAGAUUAAGGAGGACCCAUAUAGACUCGAUAAUUGUUACGUUGUUUUCCGGAUCCGUCCGUUUGUUGUAACUAGUAGUAUAUAUGAUUUUAAUGUUAAAAAAUGAUAUAAUUUUUGUAAUUUAUUUUUAUACAUUGUAUAUUGUUGAUAAAGAUAUUGUGAGUCAUAUUGCGAUUGUAUUUAUUUAAGAUAUAAUGCAAAGAAUGGUUUUUUUAUUUAAACAAAACCCGAUUUAUCAUGUUGUUUAUAUAUGCAGCAAAUAAAACAGAUUUCAGUUUUCAUAUAUCAUCAAGAUACAUGUAGAUUGAAUGGAAAAAUCAAAAUUCUCGAUGAUUCCCCAUCAUAAUUAUCUAAAAAAAAAAUUAAAAUUAAAAUUGGAUGUUAAUUCGCCUUUUUCAAAAUUCAAAUAUAAUCACUGUUCAAAAAAAUUUCGAAUUGUACAUGUACAAUUUCUUAUCAGUUUACUAAAAAAUGCACUGAAUAUUUCACACGGAGAUAAAUUGUAAACCUGAAAGAUCAAAGCUGACGGAUUUAUCAAUUACACAGCGUUGUAAAGUGGAAUAACUUCAAUAGACAGAACAUCAAGCGUUGUAAAGUGGAAUAACUUCAAAAGACAGAACAUCAAAUAAUAGAGGUGUCCCGUACGUACUAAAUCAGUCAUACCGUUCUCUUAAGUUUUCUGCGUUUUCUUAUCCUAGCAUCAAAUAAAUGUAUUGUCAAUUCACAACGCUACUGUACUCCUUUCUGCCAAUUCUAGAUUUAACAGACUGUUGUUAUAUUUUGUACAAUAUUCUUGUUUUUGAUAUGAAACUUUUAAAUUCGAUAA